AUGAGUUUCAACAUACUGGCGGACGGCCUGGCGCAGAACGGCGACUUUGUAAAUGCGCCCCCGGAGGUUCUGGCUUGGGAGUACCGCCUGCCACGCAUCAUAGAGGAGGUCGCUGAGGGGCGUUGCGACCUGGUGUGCCUGCAGGAGGCCAACCACUAUGACGAGAUCGCCGCAGCACUGGGACAGCAGGGCCUCGUUGGCACCUUCCUCCCAAAGCGCCCCAGCCCCACGGAGCGCUUCGGCGCCCCGCCCGACGGCUGCGCACUGUUCUACCGGGCCAGCCGCCUCUCGCCCGCGAGCCCUGACGGCGCCCCACGCGGCACGCCGUACGCGCAGCCAGGCGGCGGGGGCCCGAUGACUCAGGGCUUUGUCGCGGCGACGCUGCGGGACCGCGAGUCGGGGCGCCUGGUGGUGGUUGCGGCCACGCACCUCAAGGCCAAGGACGGCGGCCCCAAUGACGAGACGCGGCGGGCGCAGGCGCAGCAGCUGCUGGACCAUGUCGCGCAGGCGCGAGACGCGGCUGCGACUGGCGGGGGUGGCGGCGGUGGGCCUGCGGUGCUGGUGAUGGGCGACUUCAACGCCACACGCGGCAGCCCAGCCUGCCAGGUUAUGGAGCGGCAUCCCACCCUGCAGCUGCAGAGCGUCUGGGACGUGCCCUGGGCGGCAGACUUGGGAAAGCUAGGCAGCAGCGGGGGCAGCUCGGGCCAGCAUGGCAACGGGACUGUAGUGUGCACUGGGCCGGGGAGUGGCGCGGAUGGGUGCAUCAGGGAUGGGCAGCAGCAGCACCAUCACCACAAUUGCCAGCAGCAGCCGCAGGAGCAGCCACAACAGCAGCAGCAACAGGAGCAUGAGCAUGAGCAGCAGCGGGAGGAAGCGGUGGAGGAGCAGGAAUUCAGCACUUGGAAGUUCCGCCCCAACGGCGAGGCAAGGCGCAUCAUAGACCACCUCUACUUCAGCCCGCAGCAGCUGGCGCCCAUGGCGCGCUGGCGCAUGUUGCGUGCGGCCGAGAUCGGCGCGGGCGGCCUGCCGUGUGCGGCGUACCCCUCUGAUCACAUGGCCCUGAUGACUCAACUCGAGUGGCUCACGUAA